UUUGCGUGCUUUGUUACCAUAUAUGUGUAUUGCGGAAAAACAAGGCCCCAUAGAAGUAUCCCAAGACAAUUAUAUAUGCUGUUAGUCGUUUCAGUUAUUAAAUAAAGGGUCCUGUACUACUGUGUUUUUUUACAUUUAUUUCUUUGUCUUACAGACAUAACACAGCAAUUGGCCGACGAUGAGUGAAACUUCAACACUUACAGUCCUUCGUUCAGAGAAGGAUAUUGACAAGGCUUGGCUUGAGGAACUAUUGAAACAAAGGCUAAAAUCCAACAUCGAAGUCAUUUCAUGGACAUCGAGUACUCCAGCCACAAAGAGUGGAUUCUUGAGUGAAAUGUGUUUCGUUCAUGUGACUUUCAAGAGUCCAGAUCACCCAGUGGAAAAGAGGUCUUUAGCUGUGAAAUUUGCUCCAAGUGACAAGAACAUAUUAGAAUUCAUGAAGAAUGGGAACCUUGCAAGGAAGGAAAUCGACUUUUACAAAUUUGUCUUAACAGAUGACUUUCAACUUUUCUGCAAGAAGAGCGGCCUGAAGAAUCCAGUCCCAGAUGUGUACUGGGCAAACAUGGAGGAAGACCUCGUCACCCUUGUCAUGCAUGACCUGAGGACAGAUGGGUUCAGAGUGGAUACCCCGCCAGAGGGGAACUCUCUAGAACAGAUUAAACUGACGGUGAAAUCUAUUGCAGUUAUUCAUGCUUGUGGAGUUGCUACCAUAAAGAAGCAUGGAAGGGAGUACCUGGAUGUUCCCUCUGGAGAUUUUCUAGACGACUAUGUUAAGGUAGGUCUUGAGAGAGAAAUAGAAAUGUUUAACGGAACACGAACUGCUGAAAGUUUAAGAGCACUUAACUCCAUGAGGGACCUAGUGAUCAAGACAAGAUAUCCAUUAUUUGAGACGUUGAUCCACGGGGAUUUAUGGACAGGCAACGUCAUGUUCUCUGGCGACGAUACAAGUGCCAUCAUUAUUGACUGGCAGUUUGCCUCCGUUGACAACCCUGUGUGUGACAUUCUUUCCUUGUUGCUGAUGAGCGCUGAACCUGUGGUGUAUGAGCAAUACCUGAAUGACGUUCUCGAGGCUUACUGGGAAAGUCUGACUGAAGCCUUGAGAAAGAAUAAAGUUUCAUUGAACAAUACAUUUCAAGAGUUUGUGGAUUGCGUUGAGCAGAUGUGGAUAUAUGGUUUUAUGUUCAUUACAGCUAGCCUGAACGAUUUACUGGAAAAUAAUAUGAUAACAGUGCAAAGAACGAAACAUGUUAUAAAAUUUUUGGAAGAGAAAAAUAUAUUUUCAAAGUUCCUGCAACUUCAUGGAAAAGAAAUAGCAUAAUUAAGUUUCCAGGUGCAUUACAGGAUAUUUGAAAUAUAUGUGUUGUAGCUUUUUGACUAUUCUACUUUUGGAUUUAAAACUGCAUAGAAGGCAGUAUACUUUUUCGAACUUCACGUGUAAUGCUAUGAAUCUAAUGGCCUCUUAGAACAACUUGUGGCCUCCAUUAGCACCAAUCUUCCAUUAUGUAAUAAUUAGUAGUACUCUGUUAUUUUAUAAAAUUCAUGUUAAUAAACAAAGGUUUCUAUCUACUCAGGGUUGGCAGAUUUGUAAUACCCUUUUCUUGUAUUUCACACGUGCGAGCACAUAUAUACUUACAUUUGCUUGUUUGUGUGUGUGUAUGGCAAUAGGUUUAUUUCCAAGACGUGCAUUUUCAUAUAUAAUGAAGUUAUGGGAUGCAUUGAUUAGUUUAUACGAUUUUCUAUAAACGAAUUAAAUACAUGGUGUUUUGUCCCAUCCCCAUAAUAUAUGGGACUCCAGAGUGCUCACUGUUAUUGUAUUAUUGAAAUGACUUGUCACGGAAGAAAUCAGAUGCUAGUUAAUAAUGCUAUAAGGGCACCCAGAUGUUUACAAUAAAUAAAAGGAAAUACAGG